AUGACUCGUAGGUACAGAGACAAACGACUACGACUCGUAGGCACAGAGACAAACGACUACGACUCUCAGCUGUGCUCUGCCUCCUUCCCAGUCAGCUGUGCUCUGCCUCCUUCCCAGUCAGCUCUGCUCUGCCUCCUCCCCAGUCCCUGCUUCGUCCCCAGUCCCUGCCUUCCCCAGUCCAGUCCCUGCUUCAUCCCCAGUCCCUGCCUUCCCCAGUCCAGUCCCUGCUUCUUCCCCAAUCCCUGCCUUCCCCAGUCCAGUCCCUGCUUCUUCCCCAGUCCAGUCCCUGCUUCCUCCCCAAUCCCUGCCUUCCCCAGUCCAGUCCCUGCUUCCUCCCCAGUCCAGUCCCUGCUUCAUCCCCAGUCCCUGCCUUCCCCAGUCCAGUCCCUGCCUUCCCCAGUCCAGUCCCUGCUUCUUCCCCAGUCCAGUCCCUGCUUCAUCCCCAGUCCCUGCCUUCCCCAGUCCAGUCCCUGCUUCAUCCCCAGUCCCUGCCUUCCCCAGUCCAGUCCCUGCUUCCUCCCCAAUCCCUGCCUUCCCCAGUCCAGUCCCUGCUUCUUCCCCAAUCCCUGCCUUCCCCAGUCCAGUCCCUGCUUCCUCCCCAAUCCCUGCCUUCCCCAGUCCAGUCCCUGCUUCCUCCCCAAUACCUGCCUUCCCCAGUCCAGUCCCUGCCUUCCCCAGUCCAGUCCCUGCUUCUUCCGCAGUCCAGUCCCUGCUUCAUCCCCAGUCCCUGCCUUCCCCAGUCCAGUCCCUGCUUCAUCCCCAGUCCCUGCCUUCCCCAGUCCAGUCCCUGCUUCCUCCCCAAUCCCUGCCUUCCCCAGUCCAGUCCCUGCUUCCUCCCCAAUACCUGCCUUCCCCAGUUCAAUCCCUGCCUCCUUCCCAGUCCAGUCCCUGUUUCCUCUCAAAUCCAUGCCUUCCCCAGUCCCCACCUCCUCCCCAAUCCCUGCCCUCCCCAGUCCCUGUCCUCCUCCCCAGUGGUUCAGUCAAGCUACUAAUUUAACAGCACUAGCAUAUGUAACGAAUUACAACAACGUUGUGGAGGCCCAGUCAGAUUCUGACGAUGAGGACAAGCUACACAUAGUGGAGGAAGACCCUGAUGGAGACAGCACUUUGCCAGAAGACACCUCCGCAGUAUUAUCCCAGAACGGGACGGAGACGCACCAAGACACCUGGGAUGGAGCCAGCCCCACCCUCCUCUCAGCCUCUUUCAGCCAGCCCCACCCUCCUCUCAGCCAAUCCCAACCUCCUCUCAGCCAGCCCCACCCUCCUCUCAGUCUCUUUCAGCCAGCCCCACCCUUCUCUCAGCCAAUCCCAACCUCCUCUCAGCCAGCCCCACCCUCCUCUCAGUCUCUUUCAGCCAGCCCCACCCUCCUCUCAGCCAGCCCCACCCUCCUCUCAGCUUCUUUCAGCCAGCCCCACCCUCCUCUCAGCCAGCCCCACCCUCCUCUCAGCCAGCCCCACUCUCCUCUCAGCUUCUUUCAGCCAGCACCACCCUCUCAGCUUCUUUCAGCCAGCCCCACCCUCCUCUUCUUUCAGCCAGCACCACCCUCUCAGCUUCUUUCAGCCAGCCCCACCCUCCUCUCAGCCAGCCCCACCCUCCUCUCAGCCAGCCCCACUCUCCUCUCAGCUUCUUUCAGCCAGCCCCCCUCCUCCUCUCAGCCAGCCCCAUCCUCCUCUCAGCUUCUUUCAGCCAGCCCCACCCUCCUCUCAGCCAGCCCCACUCUCCUCUCAGCUUCUUUCAGCCAGCCCCACCCUCCUCUCAGCCAGCCCCAUCCUCCUCUCAGCUUCUUUCAGCCAGCCCCACCCUCCUCUCAGCCAGCCCCACCCUCCUCUCAGCCAGCCCCAACCUCCUCUCAGCUUCUUUCAGCCAGCCCCAACCUCCUCUCAGCUUCUUUCAGCCAGCCCCAUCCUCCUCUCAGCCUCAUUCAGCUGGUCCCACCCUCCUCUCAGCUUCUUUUAGCCAGCCCCACCCUCGUCUUGGCCAGCCCCACCAUCUUCUUGGCCAGCCCCACCCUCCUCUCAGCCAGCCACAACCUCCUCUCUGCCAGCCCCACCCUCCUCUACUAG